AAGAAUUGUUCGAUCGAUACGCACCGACGCAGAAAUUGGUGUAGCGUGCGAGCCAAUGAUAAUAAAAUUAUGAAUAGCGACUAUCAUAUAAUUAAUAUUACAAUUAGUUACAAAAUAUACGUUGUAUAAUAUGGAAAUAUACCGCGCAAAAGGAAGCCUGGUCAGCCCGGCUACGCUUACCGAACGAGAACCAUCUCUAGUGUCUAAGUAUGUACGUAGUUAACACUAUUUGUAUCAUUUUUUCUACGUUUCAUAGGACGAGAAUUAAAUCGAGACCGAUAUUAGAGCCGGGUAACGCGUAACCAGGAGAACAGAGAUUUUUGAGAAAAGAGUAAAAAUAUGGUCGAAGCUGGGACGUCCGGGCGAUUCCUCAAAGGCCCUCAAAGAUCCUCGUUUAUUUUGGAUUUUCGACGUUUCCGGGGGCCAGCUGUGAUAUUUUCCCCAUUCCACUUACGCUCUGGUCGCGGUACCAAGCUUAGAUCUUAGGUAAGAAUUGGUUGUCGUUGAUGGGAUACACCUAAAAUGCUCCUUCAAUUCCAUUGAUGUUUUGCCACCGACGUGCUUAGCGUAUCGUACAAAAUUUAUCGUUUCGUGUUCGUUAUAACCGAUACUUGGAGGACCAACGAUAUUGGCAAGAAUAACGUGAAAAAUUGAUGACAUUAGGUUGUUACGUACCGAAUACUCGAUUUCGAAACGGAGAAAGUCUCUUAUGAACCGAUGACAUGGACGUGUUGCAAAACGGCACUUACAGCAUAUCAAUUUGAAGCUUAAUGUUUCGUGAAAAUGACCAUUUCGUUAAUGUUCUUAAUAGCUGGUGGCCACUGAUAGUAAAUAAUGACCAAUUUCCAAAGAACUCUUACACGAUCGUGUGAUAUAAAAAUACCACUCGAAAUUCGAUGAAAACUAAACGAAAAUAAUUGCGUUCGAUAUGCAACAACCUACAUUUGUAAUUCUUAAUCCUUAGAAUGCUAUGAGCGGAUACACGAGAUGUUUCCAAGAAUCCAGUUUACCAUUUUUUAAUCCGAAAAUUAAGGGUUCGACUUCCGACACGCCAUUUUACGUAGAUCUUGGGAAGGCCCCAAAAUGGUGAAGGACUUCUCAAUUUAUUUUCUCAUGGAAAGUAUAAGUCUCGUGACGUUUUCUUUGAAACGCUCUGUAUACGCUUAGCAAGAACCAUCGUUGUGGCCUAUAGGCAUAUAUAAUAGAAUUAGCUCGUUGUUUUCAUUGAACAGACAUUGUUCUUUUCGAGAUUAUUCAAAAAAUGUUGGUCACGGUGUUAUAGGCAUCGGUCUUUUUUAAAAAGAAAAUUAAUCCAUUAGGAAUUUCAAAAUUGAAAGUACAAUACCAAAAUCGUCCUCUGAGCAUAAAGUAUUUUAAAAUACAAAUUAAUCGCACGCGUCACCUCGACCUCGUUCCCAAGUAAAAGAAUAAGGUUGUACUUUACAGAACACUUCAAACGAUUGAUUUAUAAAAGACCUGUACGAGAAAACGAUUAGACGGUUUAAUCGUUCGGAAAAUCUACGUAAUGUCCUGAAUCGCUUUAAAUCGAUAAUUUUUGCUAUUCCGCAACAGCGACCUAACCUGAGUAUUCCCAUUAUUAUUUCGUACACUUUCUUCUAUUAUGCACAAGUUAGAAUGGAAUUCGCGAGUACGGUUAAUGACUAAACAGAACGGUCAUUACGAGAAUCUCUUAAUCGACCCAGCGAAUCGAAAAGUGCAUCGAAUGUCGUAGAAUGCGAAACGCGGUGGAAAAACUGAUCAUAGUUCCUACAAUUUCAAUUAUUUCAACGUUCAGAAUCGUUUAUUUCAAUCACGCGGUGCACUUUUCGAUUCUAUCUCACCAUGUCAAUUACAAGCGUCACCUUUUGCGUCACGUCGUCAACGAUUAACGCUAGAACAUCGAUACAAUUUUACUUGUGCGGAAGAGAAACGACAGAGAAACCGCUAAGCAAAUAUUAAAAUCUUUCUUUUAUGUUUUCUAUAAGGUAGUCGCAUACCGAGUAACCGAUUUCGAAACGUGGAAAGUGAGACGCGAUAUAAUCGGGAUAAAAAUAGCGCAUGUUUAUUUCCUGUAUUUCGAAAUCGUCGAUUUGUAAUGCGAGUAUCUCAUAUUUCUAUUAAUUUUGCGAGUUUAUCUGUCUAAUAAGAGCUUGAACGUUCUGUAGGUAAUGCGAGUUCCAUAAAUACCGAUCGUUCUGGUGUUAAUGCGCAUUUAACGAUCCGUGACGAGUGCGUUGCUCGCACAAAACAAUUUCUCGUAAUGACCACGCGACAUUUAAUUCCGUUGGAUAGCUUUCAAUACGUUAAUUAUAAAGUCUUAUCUUGCUUUCAGUUUCUAACAUCUGUUUACAACGUCGAUUCGAUGCGCGUACCCAAAACGAUGACUAAAAACAACCUGUUAAGCAAUUAUAUAUUCUUUGUUACAAAUAUAAUAUUUUAAAAUAAUAGAAACAAAUAUUUGGUAGCUUAUUUUUGUUGUUUUAUUUUAUAUUUAACACCGACUCGCGCUCGCGAAAGAAAAAAUCAAGUCUUUUCUUUGAUCGAAGGAUUUGUCCGAUUCUAACCUAAAACGUAAUCGACAACCGUUUGCGACUUUCAUUCGACACGUUAUCUGAACUUUCUAUUAAACUCUUGCAAGGGAUCGUGAUUGAAAAAAAAAUGUUCAAACGAAACAAGCGUUGAAAAAAAGAAGCAACAACGAAGUACCAUUAAAUUUAUAUCGAUCCCGCAUCUAGUUUGCUAAUUCUAGCGCAACGCAAGUCAAUGUCUCGCGAAAUAGGCCUAAAAUCCGUCUGUUGACAUCUAAACAGCACACUUCUACAAUUAUUGUAAAUAUAUAUAAUAUACGUAUAUAUAAUAUAUACAUAUAUCCUUCCUAUUUCCUCGUGCACGUUGCCUUCCGCUACAACAAACUCUUUGUCUGGAGCAACACUUAAACCUCUGUCGUGCGACAUAUGAAAGUUACACAAAUUAAAACAAUAAUAAAUAAAUGGGAAAAAAGAAUUGUGUCACGAAUACAAAACUGAUCGCAAGUCUAUUUGAUUGUAAAGAGCGAGAAAACGGAAAGUUAACCUAUGAAACGUCGAUGGCGUUGAUUUGUAUGUUUGAUAAAGGCGAAUAAUCGCAGCGUGAGAAACGCUAGUUUUGUGACAACUGGAAAUUGGAAAAGAGCUUUGGGUAAUAAAUGGAACAAACAAAUGAUUUUUCAACGAUUGUGUCAUUUAUUGUACACUCUCCCCUAUCGACACGCUUCUUAGUGUACAUCGACCGAUAACCGAAUGAUUGUUUUCGUUUCGUUGUCGGUCAGUGAAUUAUUUAAAUAGCCAAUUACAGAUUCAUUUGUUCGUGUACAUUGUCCACAUUUUAGUUCACGUUCAAGAAAGUAUAUUUCUACGAUUCGGAGUUACCGAUGACAUUUCGCUCGAUACCAUCCGGCAAAACACUGUACAAAAUAUAAUCGGUUAAUAAAAUAAACUACACUUACGUUGAACACAAAGACUAAAGGUAUUCGUAAAGCGCAAUCGAUGUACGAUAACGUUUCAGCCACGUUGUCUCUUGAUCGCUGCAAGCGCGUAUUAUUUUAUGACAGCGAUACAACAAUCGUAAAAAACAAUGCAUCUUCAUUAUCGUGUGUUUAAUUGUCAAAAACUGUCAGUGUACACAAAACUAUUCAUGUUUUAUCACUACCGUCGAACUGGGCAAUAUCGGUACGAUCAACGGUUUACAGCGAACCGUAAAUUUUCGACGAAAACGCACAAACACAGCUCGUUAUUUAUUAACGCAAACGAUUCGUCGACCGCACAGAAACGAAACAUCGUCGAGUAUAAGGUUAGAGCACAAAAAUUUGUCGCGUAGUCGUUUGUUCGCACCGUUCGUGACGAACCAGUAAUAAAUCCGACGAAUUGGCUCGUACAAUGCGUAACUACGUAAUAAAAUACACAACAAACCGUAGGAAAAGAAGUACGUAACACCUUAGAGAAGAUCGGCAACGGUCCAGCAUGGACAGCACUAGUACCGAGUGGAACUACGAGAACGAUAAGAGACGACAGGUGACUGGGUGACUGGAAGCUGCGCCAUGCGCGUACCUCGCUGUGCCUCGGCGUCGCUCGAGCACGCUCGCCGUCACUCGGGCGCCUCCGGCAGCGCGUGGUGGGGCGAGCAGUGUAUCCGUGACGUCACAUAAUUAGAGUAAAUACAAAGUAGUCUUGAUGGGACAGCGGCGUGCGCCGCACCGUGAGUCGCUGGUCCGCGCGCGUCAAACGUAUAUCGUUUCGAUACACGCACACCGCGUUUGUGUAGCUCGUGAUAUAUCGCGCUAUGUGCCGUCAGUGUGUGUGUGCCAAAGGAUCCUAGAUGACUGUGGGAAUAGUGAGUGACAGUUGUGCAGCAAAGAAAUGGAAAAGAUAGAGUUAUUGGGCAGUGCUUGCUUCAGCCACGGCCCGUACACAUUUUACAAAGCGGUGAGGAUAGGAAACGGUCGUGUCCUGCGUUUAGGCAGCUUCUUCCUGACAAAAUUGUGGAGCGAUGCCGACUUGGUUAGCAUCGGGGAACUUCAACUUUUAUGGAUGGAUAGUCGGGGCCCAAAUCAACCUCUGGCAUCUUUACGGCUCUACUUCUUGCCAGAGAACACCCCGGAUGGCCGAAGGGACACGCACGGAGAGGACGAGGUGCUGACGAUAUCCGAGAAGGUGGUGGUCCGUGUUCACGAUCUCGUCACGUGGUUGUCACCAAGCUUGGAAUGGUCAUGGGGUCGGGAGGUGUCUUACCCACCGACACCCACGUCGUCCCCGGAGAACAGCCCGUUGAGGUACGAGAUACCUCAGCCCCAGGUGCUCACAGAUCCUGGCAUCGAUUUCUCGGAUAUCGAGAAGCAACAGAAGGAGUUCGAGAGCAACCACAAUACGAGGAAGAUGGAGUACGGCGCCCAAACGAAAGUGGUGGUGCUCUCGUACCCCAGGUAUUGUCGAUAUCGAGCCCUUCUGCGAAGACUCGAAGGUGCCGAACCGUCCUGGCUUUGCUCGUCCAUAGCAGCCGCCCUGGGUGGAUUCACCGCCACACCGGGUACCAGAGUACUCUUCUGCAGAGACACCUUCGACUAUCCGGACCUAGAAACUCACGAGCUACUCUGCAAUCAUCUAGCGCCAAAAUUAAAGGGACGGCCAAGGAGGAAGCGUAAAAAGCGCAGCGCAUCACCGGGCGAGUCGAGCAACGAGAGCGAAGCCUCGGUGGCGUCUACCUCGAAGAGCGCACCACCGACGAGUUCGAGUAUUGUGGUGCAAAGCGUGGGUAGGCCACCCUCGUCGGCUGUUCGACGAAGCGAGAGGAAAACGAGCGCGGAGGAGAAGAAGUUCCUCACGGACGUGCAGAAUUUCAUGAACUCGCGGGGUACGCCUGUCGGAAAGAUGCCACUGCUGGGCUACAGGCAGAUCGACCUCUUCCUGUUUUACACGAAGGUCCAAUUAUUGGGUGGUUACGACUCGGUCAGCGCGGGCCGAUUAUGGAAGACCAUCUACGACGAUAUCGGCGGUAACACGGGCUCUACCAGCGCCGCGACAAUCACUCGUCGACAUUACGAAAGGUUACUGUUGCCUUACGAGAGGUAUCAGAGGGGCGAGGAUGCAAAAGUCAAGCUGACUCACGUUAGACGCGCGAAAAGUAAUAGCGCGUCCGACGAGUCCGAGGAUGCGAAGCAAGAACCGAACGAUCCGUAUCCGCCGGAAACGCCUCCUCCUGUAGAAGCGAGCCUUACCGCCGUAACUUCUCCUCUUCAACCUCUUAUAUCAUCGACAGUAAGUGUCCCCUUCCUUCCGGGCGAGAAACCGAAAACGGAGACCAGCAAGACGUCGUCGUUGCGAAGCGUACGAGUAAAGCCGGAACGGUUAAAAUCGUUGAACACGAUAAUCGCCAACAGCACAUCGUCGCCUAGCCAGCAAGCCAACCAACUGCCAAGUCCACCACCUUCCUCGAACACGUCGAUCUCGACACCGAGCAGUACACCCUCCACCACACCCACGAACGGUACCGGAAGUCAGAGCGUUCUAGAGAGGCAACUGAACAGUCCUCUGAUAUCGCAACAAGUACCACCGUCGUGUUCGCCGCCGGGUUUACCGGUCACCACAGUAGCGACGAAUGCCUCUACGGUCGUCACGCUGACUCCGCCGCCGGAGAAGGAUAUGAAAGAGCUGAAGUUAGAUUCGAAACAAACCACCCUGCUGGCACAGGGUAAGGAGAACAUCCCCUUGUUCGGAGAGAAGUCUAUAUUCGCCGAGAAAGCGAUAGUGCCUCCCAGGUCGCCAGAGGUGAUCGACCUCGAGACGGAGAGCGACACGAGUAGGGACAAAAUAAUCAUUCCCAGUUUUAAGAAACGCAAGCUCGAGAUACUUCGCGAGGGUGGUCUCGAAGUCACUGCCGUUGAUCUGGACACGCGACCGAGCGUGAUCCAAAGCAAUCCUCCGGCUCCAGCGACCAUGAAGUCCGAGGAAAAGCCGCCAAUAUCUUAUCCGCUUCCAGUAACGCCUAACUCCAUUCCCAAGUUGAUUUCCGUCACCGUGACACCGGACAUCGGCCAUAUGUUGUCGUCGCCGCAAGAGCACCAGCAUUCUCAUCAUCAAGCACGAUUACAAACGCAGAGUAAGCCGCCACCCGUUCAUCACCAUCACACCAACAAUAACAACAACAAUAACAACAACGUCACGACGAAUAACAACAACGCGGUGAACAGCCGCGUGAUAAACCUCGGCACUUCGAACAACACGGCGUUGUUGCAAUUGUACGCGAACGCGAACGUACCGCCACCUAGGUCGUCGACGGUGCCCCGCCGAUUCGGGUGGCCGAGUCACCUCAGCCACGACGUUGUUCCGCCCAGGGUGACGCAGUCCAGGUCGAUAUUCGCACACAACGAAAAGAUGGUUUACGGAGACCCGAAAGAUAUUCUCAUCCCUCCAAAGUAUCGUCCUUCGUUGCAGCGUUUGCAGUUGCAGCUGCAACAGAUGCACGCGAAUCACGAUCCAACGCACACCGGGAUCCUCGACCUGACGCAGAGGUCCAACGACAAGUCGGUGUUCCCGAGACCGAGCCUAGAAAUAGUGAAAGUACCUGUAGUGCCGAGGCCUAAUCCGUUGAAUCUGGAAAUGAGGAACUCGUCCGCCAUCAAAGAGAAACCGACGGACUACUCGAAACGAAAUACCUUCCCCGCUUACCAGAACGUGCUCGACGGUCGAACGAUGGCUUCGAACAACCUGGAGAUCACGAUCGUCGGUCCCAAGCAGAAGCAUAAUCACGCGAACGGGCCGACGUCGCACGUGCGGAUACCGAGUCCGCACAGGAACAACGUCCUGCCCGUUCAAAGAAGGCAACACGCGAACGGCAAGUACACGACGAGGAGCGAGCCAGUUUCACCGUAUACGCCAAGGAAACCGAGUCAUCCCGUCAUACCUAACGUACCUAACCUGAAUCACUUGAACUGCGCCAAUUCGUAUCCGAGGAUGGCGUCCAUGCAACACCAGAACACGAUCGACAGGAGAAAAAACGUGGAUAUGGGCGGUAACAAGGAACAACAUCAGCACCAGCAUCACCAGCACCAGCAGCACCAACACCAACAUCAGCACCAACACCAACACCAACAUCAGCAUCAUCAACAGCAGCAGCAACAGCGUCGAAUCAGCGAAGGCGACAAGUCGUUGAUGAACCAGCAACAACAACAGCAGCAACAACACCAGCAACAGCAACCAGAAUCUAGGCAACAGGAAGUCGGCAGACGACACAGUGUUCCAAGCAUACCGUCGGGUUUCGUUCCUGGUGUGCCGCAAAACAAUCAUCCAGCCUACGUUCCCCAACUGCCAAACGCACCCGGCAAGUUCCUACCGAUUCUGGAUCCCAUGUAUUAUUCCGCCUUCUACAACGGCUUGUUCCCGCCGCCGNCGCCGAUUCCGCCCACGGCUGCUGCCACCAACUUUCUACCGCCAGAGUUCAGCGCGUACUACAAAGAACUACUUGCUUCCUCGCAACCAAGACUGGGGAUGACGGGACAGCAUCAGCCGGCUGCCCCGACGUCUAAAUAGACAAUUGUGGGAUCUCAUGCGUGUUUAGGGUGUCCGCCCGCGUUUUAGCCAAGUAUCGGUGGUUUAAUUAAACGAUUUCUAAAGACAAAAGAUCCGUCGGGUUUCCUCGCUACGAAUCGUAUUUUCAUCGAGAUUACUCGAGGACUUUGUUCGCUCUUGCGUCGAGACAGAAUGGUGAAACGACAAAGGGGAUCCUAUGUGUAUUUACGCGAUCGUUUAAGGAUCUUUCGUUUCGCGAAUCUUGUGCGUCGAAUUACGCUCCUUCGAAAGUUCACGCGGUUUAACCCGUGCGCGCCGUUCGAAUUACACGGAGAUCCGAUAUUUAACGAUUUCUUAGCGCUUUAUCUACCGGAAGCCUAUCAACGCGUUCACCGAUCGGCCUGAGAAGCCCAGAAUCGAGCACGCGGCGUCUAGUGAGAUGUAUUCGUCGAAUACGAUAUAUUAUUUGACUCUGUUUUUCUUGUGAUAUAAUACAGUUUGAACGGUGCACGAGGGUUAAUCGAGAAGGGAUCGUGACGAACGAAUUCGAUCGCACAGAAAUUCGAUUGGUGUACACGCGCAUCUGACUACGCUGUCGCCUAUGCUGUUUUUCUAGUUUAGUACUUUUUUGUUCUUGUGUUAUUUUUUUAUACUAUCGCGACAGUGUUUCUCUUUUUUUCACAUUCCUAGUAGCUGCAAUAGAGGCACGUACUGCUAUGUAUCAUCGACAUCAGACCUUUAAUUCUCUUUAAUUCUUUCAUUCUCGCGGCUAAUCGAUCGACGUAGACUCGUCUUUUCAAACGAUAGAUCGACGGAUCAGUGGAAUCGCGUCUCGAGACAUGCCCACGGAAAUUGGUCGAUCUCCUGGGUAAAAAUCAUCGACUUUGCAGUAUUACGUGGCAUUCGCUCUACGAUUCUUGCUUGUUGCUUGCAAAGAUUGUGAAUUGUUCUUUUUCCAUAUUACCUCCAUGUAGUCGCCAACUCGGUAUAAUUUUGCAUAUAAAAAUAUCAAAUUUCAAAAGCCACUGUAUCCGAUAAAACGUUCGAUGUAGAAUAUUUAUGCGACACGUUGAUUUUCAUAAAAUAAAAAAACUUGUAAGUGGCUCUUUUUGUUAGAGAUUGUAAAAUAUUCACGUCUUUAGUAACAUCGAAUGCAAGAAUGUGAUUAAUAGUAUACUGCUAAGUCAAUCUUUAUUGCAACAAUUUUGAUUCUUGAUUCAGUAUUCGCUUUUUCUUUCGUUCAGUUCGAUUCACACUCUAUGUAUAGAAGAAAAGUACACUGAUUGUCGUUGCGUGCUACUGCUGCCGUGAUUAUGCAAUAAAUUAGGUAAUAAUUUUUUAUACGUAACAAUAAUACACGAUGCUUCGUCGUAAAUCGAAACGAACGAGCGACUUUUUCGCCUGUAACUUUCGUUCUCUUUCUUUUUUUAUAUACAUUUUGAAGAGAAUAUUCGAUGUUCGAAGGAAUAAUAAAAACGAUGAACGUACUAAAGCACUGUGAUAACAAUCAAGAAGAAAAAAGAAAAGGAAGAAUGCUUCUUUUUUUUCGUACGUAAAGAAAAAGAAAGAAAAAUACGUCUUUUUUCUACGUUUAUUAUUCGCGACCCUCACGCGUACAGCCGCGAUGUCGAAUACAUUUUUUCAUUUAAUGUUUGUGUCUUUUUUUUCAUUUAACUUUAGAAAAAUCGCGGAGAGAAAUCGGUUCGUUUCACCGUCGUAGGUCAGAAUUCCUUCGUUUCGAACGUGCGAUGUGAUAACUAAAAGAAAUAUAUAUAUAUACAUAAAGAAUAAAUGAACGAAGAAAAAUAUAUGUAUAUGUAUAUGUGUACAUGCGAGAUCUUUAGCCGACGGAUCGUCAAAAGGUAUAAUUGUUUAUUGUAUAUCGAUCACACGAUUCUUACGUAGUAACAAUCGCGAGAACCCUAAUUCUAUUGUAAUAAGUUUAGUUAAAAGUAACAGCAACAAAAAAAACAAACAUUUUCAUCGUACCGACACGUACACACACAACAACAACCACAACAAAAAAGUACACACUGAUCUUCAGUAGUCAGCUGUUAAACGAAAUAAGUGCACGCAAAAACAAAAACGGUGUAAUAGCAACGAGACACAUUGUACAUAAUGUAUAUAAUCAACGUAUUCGAUAAGCUAGAUAAAUCCACCCCCACACACUCUCAACACACCCUUACUACGAACUCCUCUUGCAUUAUAUCUUUCAACAUUACGAUAAAAAAGCGUUUAAGAUUUAGCGAAAUGUGUACAGGCUGUCUUGAUUGAGUGGCCAACGAUGGUCGUAUCGCCGAGUUGUUUCUUAGUACAAGAUAUUUUCUAAACUUGUAUAUUCGUAGACAGACUGGGUCGUUUGUGUCCAAACAUUUUGCUGUUCUCAAAUAUGUAAAACUUUUUCAAUAAUUAGAGAAAUUCGAAGGAAGGCAGAUUCCGUUUGUUAACGAUCCAGAUUGCCUACAAUCGGUAACCAAAAGCUUUUCUCUUUAAUUAGCUGCAUGAAGGGUAUUUUAUUUAUUAUGAUCACUUUGUAUUGAAAAUAUUAUUAAUUGCGAUUUUAAGAGAUAUGAAGGUUACUUUAAAGUCAUUCGAAUUGGUAGAACGUGGGAAACAUUGUGGAUAUUUGUAUUAUUUGCUCGUAUUUAUUGUAGAUAUAUUCUCGGUUUUAGAUAGAGAAGGUAUGUACUCGAGGUACAUAAAUGGUCAUGAUAAAUGAAACACUCUGUACAGAAUCUAUGCAAUUUUUGUUAGGUAGUUUUUAUUCGAUCGACUGUUUCGUUAGUAAACGAAGAUGGUAAAAAGCGAUCGAACAUCGUUGGCUUUCCAAUGAUUCUGGUAUGAAAUAAAAAACUAAAAGUGGCGUGAGAAAAGAAGCACCGAUGGGUGUAUCGAUGUUAAGCGUAGACAUAUUGAUAGAAUUUGUUCGUUUUAGGAUACUCUGAUAACAGGAAAAUCACAAAAAUAAAAUGUCAGAUAACGUUUCAAGCAUUCGUAACCCUAAGACGUGUACAAGAGCGUGAAAGAGGAGAGGAGAUCCUUCGUCGGGAUCGUUCUUAGCGAAAUCAGAUUUCUAAUAUCGAUGUCUUUCAAAAAAUAAGUUGUUCAUGUUUGACGAUUCUUUUACGAAAGAAGUAGAAGCGAAAGAAGGGAAAGGAACGUGUGUGAGAAGCAUAGCGUUGUUUGCUAACUUACGAUCGCGGUUUUUCGAAAAAGGUCCUCGCCCGAUACAAAAAUUUGUUAACGCGUCGAAUGCCGCAGCGAAAGCUACACUUAAUUACCGCUAUUCAUCGUUUCAUUAGGAGUCGUAAAAUUAUGCUCGACUAAUAUUAACUCGAUCCAUGUACGUCUUACAAUCUCGUUUAAUUUUCUUGUUACAUCUUCGAUUAUAUCAGCGACGAUCUUGUUGCAGCAUUCGACCUGUUAAUUCGAUCAUAAAAAAAGAAACAGAAAAUCUACCAUUUUUUUAUUUCUCCAAAUAUUCUCUCAAUCGUAUGGUGCUACGUUGCAAAGUAUUUCUAACGAAGCUUUCCUUUUUCUUAUUUUUGAUAACGAAAAUAAAAUGAUCGGGAACGGAGACCGUGAACGAUAAGAACUACGAUCUUAAGAUACAAAUCUUCACGUCCAAGUCUGAUGAAUCGUAAGAGAAGUGAAAAAAGACUUCUGAUUUUAAAACGUAUGCGUGUAUGUCGCGAUUCGAUACGAGAAAAUCGCGGGAAAGGGAAGAGUUUCUUUUCGAACCGCGGCAAAGUAAAAGAGAAAAAGGGUGGAAGCAAACGAAGUGAAGGGCUUGUGCGAGAAUACGUGCCAUAAAACUGCUUAGAUAGUGACUUUGAAAAUCGAACGAUAACGAUGGUCGUUUGUAUGUGCUUUUAAACGAGCCCUUUAUCGACUAGAAGAGACUUUAACAAUGUGUAGUAGAAAAGUUUCAAUGAGAAAUGAAACAAAAAAAAAAGAAAAAAGAAAAGAAAGCAACUAUCGCAAGUGCAAAAUUCCAAUACGGAAGAUUUUUUUUGUUUUGUUACCGUGAAUUGUUUGUUUUGACGUCGAAAAA